CUUCUCUUCCCUUUUCCCACAUUCAACCUUACUUUAGAGACAUCCGCGUAAAUACUUCCUGUGUUCUCUUUAUUUUGCCCUAAUUUCUACCUUUCCACCCCUGCUUCUACCAGCCACAACGCAGAUCAUUUACCAGCGGCUAGGAGGCUCUCACUUACACCAUGUCUGCUUCGCGAUCUGGCGCUGCCGUUCCAGCAGUCAGUGCCAACUUCGAAGAAUCUCUCGCUUCCAAGCCCUUUCUCUUCGUUGUCGGGCCAGAGGCCAAGGAGUUCCAUGUACACAAGGAACUCAUCGGCCGACAAUCGCCAGUCCUAAACGCCCUGGUAAAUGGGAAUAUGAGAGAAGCUCGAGAAGGUCGCGUCGUAUGGGCAGACCUAGAUGUCGACACUUUUGUGCGCUUCGCCAAAUUCGCCUACUCUGGUGACUACAGUGAAGCACAGCCUGUUCUUAUCCCGGCACCAGAACUGGACACUGAAGGCAACCACUCGCCACUCAAAUCAUAUACUCAUGAUGGGAAUGGCUAUGCAUCCUCGUCUGGGCAGGACUCAGAUGACUCUCGCAGCACCAGCUCGGAUUCGGAGGAAAUACGUGACGACAAUGAUUCUGAUGAAGACGAGGACCUUGAUGACGAUGAUGACUCUUCUGAAGGCACUCCAACCGGACACCACAGCCCUGCGGGCGACGAGGCAAGUUCAUCUGAGGCUUCCACCACUGUAGACCACAUGCCGACACGCAAUGGCGGUAAUCGACCCCCUUUCACCUACACCUACACCUAUGAAUAUUGCGAGUGGAAGCUGCCAGCGGCCGUUGGCGAGUUUAUACAGAGUUAUCAGUCCAACAACGACCAACAAAAUGGAGUUCUACAGUUGGCUGAAGACGGUGGGUUAUCAAGACGCAAACGCAGGUGUCCGGAUCAAAGUUAUAUGCUUGACGUAACAACCCCAAUAGGAAAGCGGUUUGAAGCAAUGAGAAACUUUGCCCGUCCUCCUUACAACUCACCCAUGAUUCACGGCGGCGCUCCGGCCGUGACUAGUUUGCAGAACACACAAGAAGGCAAAUACUCAUAUCUGCCUGUCUUCCUCAGCCACGCACGUCUCUACAUCCUGGCGGAUAAGUAUGGUGUUGAAGAUCUCCGCCGUCUCUCCAUCUGCCGCCUCCAUUGUAUACUCUACUACUUUUACUUCGACCAAUACCAUGUUCCCGACAUUGUGGCCCUCGCGCAGGAGCUAUUCGAGAAUACUGUGGAGGAUGACAUUGCACGAGAGAUUAUUGUGGAGUACUUUGUGUGCUUCAUUGAGUACAUCCGGGAUACCCCAGAAGUCAAAGAGCUACUACGCAAGGGAGGUGACUUUCCUGUAGCGUUGGUCUCUCGUAUGGCCAUGCGCUUGUAAACAGGAGAAGGCCUACAUGUGGCACUGGACUGAGACGGAAGCGAGGCGUUAGGAUUAGACAUGUCAGGACGUUCAGGAUUUGAAAAGGAUAUUUCGGACUACUUGGCUUUGCUUCUUCAUUCCUCUACAGGAGGGAAAAGAAUGGGGAAACAUCAUCGUUGGUUUGUGGCUGUCAAUUUCGUUCAGGUACGGGAUUUACUGUCUUGCGGACAAUUCGAUAGAAAAGCCUAGGUUACUAAAAUAAUGGCUAUUCAGCACGUGUUAUAUGCUCCGUAAGAGAUGCGAAUGCAAAGGCGAAAGACGUCACACAAUAGGCACACAUAGAGCAUGGACAGGUACACAGGACUAAUGGAAGUAAGUCAUCG